UAAUAAUAUGGAAUUAAUUUUUGAUUCCAAAUGAGUUGUUAGAAACAUUUCCCUUUCAUGUUUUUAAUACAUUAGAAAGAACUCUUUUUUGGAGAAUAAGAGUACAAAAAAUGCAAUAGCCCGUAGAUAAAGUUGGCACAAUAAUGAUGAUGAUUACCCACGAAUUCCAGCUAAUCCUCCGCAACAAUAAUUCAUUCAACAUAUCUCCUUAUCGAUAAAAUAAUAAUAUCAAAAUCCAAUUUUCCGCUCCCUUCCUCCCCCCAACCUUUGUCUAAAUACUCAAAACGAUCCCCAAAUAAAUAAAACCCCACACUCCCGUCCCCAGCCUACCUUGCUUUUUCCCACUCUUCUUAAUAUUCUCUCUAUCUAUCUAUCCCUCCCCCAAAAAUCUCACUUUCCUCUCACUGUUUCACUGCUUUUCUCCCUCCACACCCCCCCCAAAAACCCUAAUUCCCCGCCUCAAACGCCACCCUCUUUCCUUCCCGGCCUGCCAACCAAACCAGCCAGCAGCAGCCAUGGACGAACAGCAGCUCCAGCAAGCUCAGCUCGCCGCCAUCCUGGGGCAAGACCCGGCCCCUUUCGAAACCCUAAUCUCCUCCCUAAUGUCCUCAUCCAACGAACAACGAUCCCAGGCCGAGCUCGCUUUCAACCUCUGCAAGCAGAACAAUCCUGAUUCCCUCUCCCUCAAGCUCGCACACCUCCUCCAGCACUCCCCUCACCCCGACGCUCGCGCCAUGGCCGCCGUCCUCCUCCGCAAGCUACUCACCCGCGACGACGCCUACCUCUGGCCCCGCCUCAACAUCAAUACCCAGUCGUCACUCAAAUCGAUACUCCUCUCCUGCGUCCAGCAGGAGCAGGCCAAGUCGAUUUUGAAGAAGCUCUGUGACACGGUGUCCGAGCUCGCCUCCGGGAUUUUGCCGGAGAACGGUUGGCCGGAGCUGUUGCCGUUCAUGUUCCAGUGCGUCUCAUCCGAUUCCCCUAAAUUGCAGGAGUCUGCCUUCUUGAUUUUCGCCCAGUUGUCGCAGUACAUCGGGGAGACUUUGGUCCCCUUUAUUAAGGAGUUGCAUGGGGUGUUCUUGCAGUGUUUGAAUUCUUCCCCCAGUUUCGAUGUGAAGAUUGCCGCUUUGAAUGCUGUUAUCAAUUUCAUCCAGUGUCUGAGCAGCUCUUCUGAUCGGGAUAGGUUUCAGGAUUUGUUGCCUGCGAUGAUGAGGACGUUGACCGAGGCGUUGAAUAAUGGCAACGAGGCCACCGCUCAGGAGGCUUUGGAGCUGUUGAUUGAGCUGGCUGGAACUGAGCCUAGAUUCUUGAGGAGGCAGCUGGUUGAUGUGGUUGGGGCUAUGCUGCAGAUUGCCGAGGCCCAGAGUUUGGAAGAGGGGACUCGGCAUUUGGCGAUUGAGUUUGUUAUUACUUUGGCUGAAGCUAGGGAAAGGGCGCCUGGAAUGAUGAGGAAGUUGCCGCAGUUUAUUAGCAGGUUGUUUGCUAUACUGAUGAAUAUGCUGUUGGAUGUCGAGGACGAUCCUGCUUGGCAUACUGCAGAGACAGAGGAUGAGGAUGCGGGAGAGUCGAGUAAUUAUAGCGUUGGGCAAGAGUGUUUGGAUAGGUUGGCAAUAUCAUUGGGCGGGAACACAAUUGUUCCAGUGGCGUCUGAGCAGCUACCUGUGUACUUGUCUGCUCCAGAAUGGCAGAAGCACCAUGCUGCGCUCAUUGCACUUGCCCAGAUUGCCGAGGGUUGCUCUAAGGUGAUGUUAAAAAAUCUUGAGCAAGUGGUGAACAUGGUUCUCAACUCGUUUCAACAUCCUCAUCCCCGUGUUAGAUGGGCAGCUAUAAAUGCGAUUGGCCAAUUGUCUACUGAUUUGGGUCCUGAUUUGCAAAAUCAGUAUCAUCAAAGAGUGUUGCCAGCACUAGCUGCUUCAAUGGAUGACUUCCAGAACCCAAGAGUACAGGCACAUGCUGCUUCAGCUGUUCUCAACUUUAGUGAGAACUGUACUCCUGAAAUUCUGACGCCUUAUCUAGAUGGAAUAGUGAGCAAAUUGCUUGUACUCCUACAGAAUGGAAAGCAAAUGGUUCAAGAGGGAGCACUAACUGCUUUGGCAUCAGUUGCUGAUUCAUCUCAGGAGCAUUUCCAAAAGUACUAUGAUGCAGUCAUGCCCUACUUGAAAGCAAUCUUGGUGAAUGCAACUGACAAAUCUAAUCGCAUGCUUCGUGCCAAGUCAAUGGAGUGCAUUAGUCUUGUUGGAAUGGCUGUUGGCAAGGAUAAGUUCAGGGAUGAUGCUAAGCAGGUCAUGGAUGUGCUUAUGUCCUUGCAAGGCUCACAAAUGGAGUCAGAUGAUCCAACAACAAGUUACAUGCUGCAAGCAUGGGCCAGACUUUGCAAAUGUUUGGGGCAAGAUUUCCUUCCAUACAUGAGUGUUGUCAUGCCUCCUUUGCUUCUGUCUGCCCAACUGAAGCCAGAUGUGACGAUUACAUCUGCAGAUUCAGAUAAUGAGAUUGACGAUUCUGAUGAUGAAAGUAUGGAGACCAUUACUCUUGGGGACAAAAGGAUUGGCAUCAAGACUAGCGUCCUGGAAGAAAAAGCUACUGCUUGCAAUAUGUUAUGCUGUUAUGCUGAUGAGCUUAAAGAAGGUUUCUAUCCAUGGAUAGAUCAGGUUGCCCCGACCCUAGUUCCUCUUCUUAAAUUUUACUUCCACGAAGAAGUAAGAAAAGCUGCUGUAUCAGCAAUGCCAGAGCUCCUUCGGUCCGCGAAAUUAGCUGUGGAGAAGGGAAUAGCACAAGGCCGAAAUGAAUCUUAUGUUAAACAGUUGUCUGACUACAUCAUUCCAGCUCUGGUGGAAGCAUUACAUAAGGAGCCUGAUACUGAAAUCUGCGCUAAUAUGCUGGAUGCAUUAAACGAAUGCUUACAGAUAUCUGGCACACUUGUUGAAGAAGGCCAGGUACGAUCAGUUGUUGAUGAGAUUAAGCAAGUAAUCACAGCUAGCUCAAGUAGAAAGAGAGAAAGGGCAGAGAGAGCCAAAGCUGAAGACUUUGACGCUGAGGAGGGAGAGCUGGUCAGAGAGGAAAAUGAGCAAGAGGAGGAAGUUUUUGACCAAGUUGGUGAAAUAUUGGGUACUCUGAUCAAGACAUUCAAGGCUUCUUUCUUGCCUUUCUUUGAUGAGUUAUCAUCAUACCUCACUCCUAUGUGGGGCAAGGAUAAGACACCGGAGGAGAGAAGGAUUGCCAUUUGUAUUUUUGAUGAUGUUGCAGAGCAAUGUCGUGAGUCAGCUCUCAAAUAUUAUGAUACUUUCCUACCGUUUUUACUGGAGGCUUGCAAUGAUGAGAAUCCAGACGUUCGACAGGCAGCUGUUUAUGGACUGGGUGUGUGUGCAGAAUUUGGUGCGUCCAUGUUCAAGCCUCUUGUAGGAGAAGCACUUUCAAGACUAAAUGUUGUGAUACGGCACCCUAAUGCCAAGCAAGCUGAAAAUGUUAUGGCAUAUGACAAUGCUGUUUCUGCUUUGGGGAAGAUUUGUCAGUUCCAUCGCGACAGUAUUGAUGCUUCUCAGGUUAUCCCAGCAUGGUUAAAUUGUUUGCCAAUCACUGGUGAUCUAAUUGAAGCCAAAGUUGUCCAUGAACAACUUUGUUCAAUGGUGGAGAGGUCAGACGGUGAAAUUUUAGGCCCGAACAACCAGUUCCUUCCAAAGAUUGUUUCGGUAUUUGCUGAGGUUCUGUGUGGGAAGGAUCUAGCAACAGAAAAUACUGCAAGUAGAAUGGUUAAUCUGCUUAGGCACCUCAAGCAGACCUUACCACCAGACACAUUAGCCUCAACUUGGUCUAUGCUACUUCCCCAGCAACAGAUGGCAUUGCAAUCGAUCCUCCCGUCGUAAAGUUGAAGAAGAGAAUCUAUUUUUAUGGUUCAGGGAUGUUGUGAUGAUGAUGCAGCAAGCGAGCCGAGCUGUGUGGUGUUACUGGGAAAUAUAUAAUUGUUUCUCUCAUUCUUUGCAUAAAUAUGGUGUUCUCCCCAUCAAUUGUUUCUCUGCAUUUAUGGUUUACAGCAGCAAGGAAAAAGCUGGCGGUGUCUCUCUGGUUGGGAUUCAGAGUGUGAAAAGUCUGUCAUUGCUGUUGAAAAAGAAAGCCUUUCCUCUCCUCUUUUGCUUUGUAUCCUUCUCAUGUAGAGAAAAAAAAUGUGUAUAUGUUUAUUGAGAGUGUCCAGAAACAGAAUGUCAUGUUAUGAGUUGGGCAACACAGUGGGUAAAGAGAAGGAAGGAAAGCAGAUUGAGUAGAGUUGAGAAGGUCUGUUGCACUUUUGAGUGAGAAUUUCUGGAGAGGAUCAUGAUCCAUGGUGGAAUUGUAGGUCCUCUGCUGCAGUUUUGUUCGCUGUCUGCAUUCAUUUUGCAUUCAUGGUUGUGGAGUCCUUGUGUAUCGACUGGAAAUUUUGAGUGGUGAUUCUUUCAUUAUACAUCUUGGGGGAUUUUGAACUUUUCAUAGUUGUGAAUCACAUGAUUGGGCUUCUGAUUUGUUUCAUACUGUGCUUACUUUUAAUAAUACUGGAGCUAUUAUUAUUUCUGCUAUAUUGACGUUAUAGAGGCAUUAGUGUUAAAGUGAUGUAGAAGAUUCUGCUCUGUUGUAUUCUCAUAAUGGGAACUGAAAUUGGAGCAUUUGGAAGGUGGGAAAAGGACUUGCAACCAACCUUGGCUCUGCCUUAUAAUAUUAUCAGUAGGUCGUCAAUGGGUUUGACUUGACAUCAUCAAUUUGGGAGGAAAAUUGAAACGGCUCUGUUGACUCGUCUCGACUCGAGGAGUUUGAUUCCUUGGGUGUGAGUUGGGGCAUGGCUGUUUGACGUGGCAUUACCAAGUUAUGCUUUGGUAGAAGAGUAAAGAUGAGUAGUUUUUUCAGAUCAGAAGUGUAUUUCAUCUGUUUUAGUUUGGUUUGAUGUCGAAUUGGGUUGUGUAUUUCUUUCUUCGUAUGGAGAUCUUUGAAACAAGAACAUCUCUUUAGUGAUUAUGAGAAUCGAAACUGAUUCGAAUUAUACCUAGUGAUGGUGUAACUGGAUAAUUUCUCGUUCCAAUAUUUGCAAGUUUGUAAAUUGUUCAUUUUUCUUUUUGUUUUUGCAGGUUGGAGGGGUUGUUUUGUAGCAGGAAGGCUGAUUCCACAAACUCUGAGGCUCCAAGAUUCCCAAGCAAAAAGUUGGGGUUUGUAUUGUUGCGCCUGCAGCAGCAGCUUCGUCUUCCUCUGAUCCUUUUGUAUGCUUCCUCUUGCCGACCCCAUUCAUCCAUAUUGCAUCAUUUGUGCUGGCUGGCUGGGUUUUAUUUAUUUGGUUGUUAAUCAUCAUAAAAUGGGAUUACACUGAUGACAGCUCUCCAAGUGGCUAAUAUUCGUGCAUUCACGAUUAUAUAUUUUGGCACUUGCUUUCUUUCUUUCUUUCUUUCUAGAGGGUUGACCACCACAAACCAACGAAUGAAUGGUGAGAUCACUAGACUACACAGAACUGCUUUUUGAUGCAGCUUCUGGUCUCAUCAACUUCAACUUAAUGGAGCUUGUGUUCUUGUUUACCCUUUUGUAAUAUAAUACUAAUCCGAUUUCUUACAAUUUUUUUUUACCAAUUUACACUAAACCUCACACCAAACAAACACGUUAAUGUUAUAAUACCGUCUUAGAUAUAUAAUAUAUGUAAUUCACCUCUCUUCCUUUGACUAUUGCAUUUUGAACCUUUGUCUUGUCUUGUGCAUUGUUUUGCUUGGGUGAUUGAUAAUUUAAAAGAUAUAUGGGUUUAUGGUUUCAUUCAUUCAUUCAGGUUGAUGAUAGAAGAGAAGAGAAGAGAAGUAGCUUUCAUGGAGAGAAUCAAUUCAAGAAGCUAAC